CGCCGCACGGCCAAAGCCGGGGAAGAUGGCGCCCGCCAGAGACCCAGGCCGCGGCGUUGCCCCGGCAACCGCUCCACGGCGGGAGGGGGGCCUGGCGCGGGGAGGGUGCGGUUGCUAGGAAACAGCCGCGCAGGCGCAAAGGCGCUGAGCGGCACGCGGCCACCGCUACUGGAGGAGUAGCGGUCGCCUUUGCCCCGGCCCCGGUGAUCUCCGCAGGCCCAGCGCUCCGCGGAGUCCUUCUCCGCCAUGGAGCUGGAGGAUGACUUCGAUGUUUUGGAUCCAGAGAGAUUAAUACAAUGUCCAUAUGAUAAACAUCAUCGAAUCAGAGCCUGUCGGUUUCCCUAUCACCUUGUAAAGUGUAGGAAGAGCUACCCUGAAGUUGCAAAGGAAUUGGCUACAUGCCCCUUCAAUGCUCGCCAUCUAGUUCCUCAAGCUGACCUCAGCGAUCACAUAAUGAAGUGCAAUGACAAAGGGUUCAUUGAGCAAGAUAUAGUGAAUCAGUCCUCUGGCUUCCAGAGGGAGCAGAUGAAUGCUGUGAGCACGUGGCAGGCACCUCCAUGUGAUGAAGACUGGGAAACAGAGUCAUUGGAGCAGUCAGAUUCCCCUUUUGUUUGGGGCAUGACCAACUCUGGCAUAAACAGUUCCAGUACCACCUUUGAACAAAAGAAUUGCUUGCCUUCAAGAGUACGUGCCCCUGCGUCCUUGCCAUACGCCAUAUCAUGGAAAGGCUGUAAGUACUAUGCACGUGCUUUUGGCACUGUGACUUCUGUAGAUGGAGGCAGUUGCUGAAAUCACUGGCUGCAGCAGUGCUUUUUGGCCACUGCUGCAUGGACAGGAGUGGUAGUAUAUAACACCUGCCUCCUUGAGAGCAGCUUCUUAGGGAAUCUGAUGCUUGGAUCAUCCUCUGUAUCCUUUCCCUGAAGCAUCCUCUGUAUUCUUUAUUUCAUAUUCUUGACAGGCCCUUCAUUACAGUGGUCCAGUUUGAGCAGCCCUACUCCCUAGCCACUUUGGCUCUGUGUCUUUAAACAAGUCCUUCCACACUAUCUACACUAACCCCUUUCACCCCCCACCCUCCCCCAGACUUAAACCAAAUUAUUUCCUUGCUUUGUGCGACUCUGCUCACUGUCAGACGCAGCUAAGUCAGAGCAAAGGUAAAACUAGGGCCGCUUAAACCAGCACUACUGGGGAAAAAACCUAUCAAAUUACAUCUGGAGGUGGGAGGGAGGGAGGGAGCUUCCUGUGUUGAAGUGUCUGAUGCUGAAAUCACAGACCAUUAUUUGCCAUUAGCAGCAAAGCAAAAGCUUAAAAGUGCAUUGGGGAAUGACUGUCUUGUUUCUCACUUGGAGCAACUAAACACAGUACUCUCAGGGGUCUGCAGGCAUGGCUUCUGCACAAGCAAUAACUGUGCAAUUGCCAUAAUGUCAGGCCAAAUCUGCCAAACCAAAUUGAAAUGUAAUUUGUAGAUAAGCCUUGUUGCCAAGCUGACAAGUGCUGUUUCAGCAAAGGCCACUCUCACUUGGGGGAGUGGAGGAAAUUCUUGUAUUUUUCUCCAUCUUGUGCAAAAAGUGUGUCUUGCCCUUUUCAGAGUUUGGAGUAUUAGCAUCUCUUCCCCCUGGAAGUUCGUUCCCCCCAGCACUAAAUGGCUCCCUUUCUAGGACCAUAUAGCUCCUGCGGAUGGCAGAUAUUCUCUGGACCUGACGGCAGGACUCUGUAGAUUUGGCUGUUGCUGCAUGACAUGUUUUUGCAACAUUUGAGUUUGUCAAACCAUCCUUGGUUGCCAAGUCUUUUUCCCAAGCAUUUGUUUCAUAAGUUGCCCUCAUCUUCAUUUGGUGAUCUUUGUUACUGUUAUUGAGUAAAUGGACUGAUAAUUUUACACAGCACCAACUCCUUCCCUCCUCAGACAGCAGUGAGUAGUUAACAGUAAAAACCGCAGGAAUUAGCAAGUCUCUUGGUUCAGUUGUCACAUGGCAGCAAUGAUGAUCUGUGAAGUUGUUCUAUUUGCUCCAAAGAUUUGGAAACAGCAGGAGAACUCUUCUGAAGUGGUGAUGGGUUUUAAGGGGCUAGGGUGGGGAAGGAGGGUGAUUUUUAAGUAGAGGAGGUAAGGUCUGAUUAGGUUCCUAAUCAGAGAAGUGAUAGUGGGAAAUGGAACAGCAUGGAGGGUUGCACAUACAACUAAAAUCUUGUCCCUUAGCUUUAUGCUUUAAAACAAGUGUGUGGAUAUUUGAGGGCCUGUUACAGCCUGGAUUGCAUAAAGUAAGUUCUGAGAGUUUCUCCAGCCUGUAAAGAAGCUGAGACUUCCUACUGCAUAAUGUUUAAUUAAAAUCAUCUGGAUCAGCCAAACCUAGAAGUAUUUUUUCUGUGCAUGCACUUUUUGCUUUUUAUCUUGUCAGCAUCUGAGUUUGUGUACAUAGGGUAUGUAAAGUGGACAGUUUUGGUUUUAAAAUACAUUGUCAUUUACAGACACUUCUGUCUU